AAUUAUUAGAGAGUUUUAGUCAUAACAUCAUUUCAUUUUGGUGUAUUCUGGGAACGUUUGCUAAUUGCAUAUUUAGUUUUAGCUUUUAUCAUUUUGUAAAUUAAACCAUACGUUUUAUGUAAUGUCGACACGAAUGCAAAAUUUCUGAUCGUUUUCAUUUUGUUGUUCCAGCAGUCCUAGAAAUGCCCAUUAAACAUCCAGUGUGUAAUCCACCAAUGUCUUCAUUUCCAACAAAAUCUGAAACAGCCUAUCGAUUUACUCAUUACUUGGUCCAGAAUAGAUUUCUCAAAGAUCCAGGUAUCCUACCAAAGCAAACCUUAAUCCAGUUGUUCGAAUUUUAUCGGUUACAUCGUAAGCUACCAAUCAACAGUUAUGAAAUUUUAGCAAUUCUCGACGAAGCUCACCUCCUAAAGAAAAAAAGUAUCCACAGAAGUAGUGAUAAAACGCAUUAUGUCGAGUUUAGAAAUCAUGUUUUCGAACAAGAUUUGAGCAAGUAUUGGAAAUUCCUUGAUAAAUUAGAUCCAAGUGCGGAUGAUUUAGAGUGCAAAAUUUGUAGACAAACGUUCACAAGUCUCGAGGAACGUGAAGAGCAUAUCAUCACUGAUAUUCACAAGUUGAGAGACACUUAUCGCAAGGAUAGAAAAUCAUUUCCAACCAAGUUUCGCAAUAUUGAAGUUAAAUCAUUGCCUUUGAUGAGUAUUGGUUUGAAUGAAUCACAAAUCGUCGAAAUUACGUUGAGAAACGUUGCAUCUGAGCCUUAUUCUGUGAUGAUACAUGAUGUUUUUGAAUUAGUUCACUUGGACGGAGUCAAACCCAUUUAUACUUGUCCUCGCCCUAUUAGUAAUGGUGAAAUUUUCAAUCUUUCUUUACGGGUAGAAUUCUCCGAUUACGGUGCUAAAUUAUUUCCAAUUGUUUUGAAAGUAUCGAAGGCUAAUUCAACGGAUGUGAAAGAUUUAUUGAUCGAACCGAAAUUCAACGUAUUAGACAAAGAGCUCGAUGCUUUAGGUCCAGUAGCACCUUAUAUACCUCCUUCCAAAAAUAAAGUCGUUUUCAACUAUGCAGACGUUGUCAAAGGGGAAUAUCUUCCAUCUACUUUGAAUUGUCUUGCUCCGAAGCAGUUUCUUUCAAAGUAUCCUAUCCCCGAUAAAUUGAAUUCUAUUCUCAACCAUGGAUUCAAAAUAUAUGAUACUAUGCCUGCAGAUGAAAUCAGAGAACUUAAUCGAAUCAGGGGAUUGCUUUGUGAUGAAACGCAAACCAAGGUAUUGCCUAAUAUCGAUGCAUUGACGCAUGAAAAUUACGUUGCUAGAUUGCAUCUGCUUAUGUGGAUUGAAGAGCACCAAGCUCAUAAGGAUAUGCAAUUUUACAACAAAUUAAACGUGGAAUUAAUAACUUCUCGUAAGAAUAACGGAUUGUUCGGAGUUGAAAUUCCUGGGUUAUCGGAAGGUCGUCCGUCAGUUUUGAAAGGUGAUAUUGUUUAUAUACGUCGAAAAUUCAAAGAUAAUGUUAAAUUUGAAGGCGUCGUACAUGCUAUCGAGCAAAAUAAAAUUUUCAUCGCUCCAAAUAUUAAAUUCAAGGAUAUAUACCGAGAAAACGAGAAGGUUGAUAUCGAAUUCACAUUCACUAGACAACCGUUGAGAUUUUGUCAUCGAGCUUUGGAUCAGUUGAAAAAUCGUAAGGUUACAUCUGCGAUGUUUCCUCAACAUAAUGAGAAAAAAAUUCGUAAAGUUAAGCUCAAACCAAUGUUCAACCAGUUGAUCGCUGAAAAUAAACAACAAAGUCAAGCUGUCAAGAACAUCGUAGAAAAUAGAGCUUAUCCCGCUCCGUAUAUUUUAUUUGGACCUCCUGGUACAGGAAAAACAGCUACGCUGGUCGAGGCAAUUACUCAAGUUUGGAGUAUAAUUCCUAAUUCGAGAAUUUGCGUUUGUGCUCCUUCUAAUUCGGCCGCCGAUGUGAUUACCGAACGUCUUCUAAGGCAUAUCAAACCUGUAGAAAUCAUGAGAUUGUACGGUUUGUCCAGAUCUGAUCAAGAGAUACCAAAACUAUUGGAAAAAUGUAGUAAUUUCGAUAGGUCGAGAAAAGAACUGUUUAUACCGUCAGAGAUGCAAAUUAAAAGUAAACGUAUUGUCGUCAUGACUCCAGUUACUGCUGGAAGACUGGUUACCGCUGGAAUAAACGGAGGAUUUUUCGAUUACGUUUUUAUGGACGAAGCUGGGCAUGCUGUUGAAGUUGAAAUGCUCAUACCAAUCGUUGGAUUUUUAACCAAAUCUAAGAAGAAUGAUCUGUUAGGUAGUUUGGUACUAGCUGGUGAUCCUAAGCAGCUCGGACCUGUUGUGAGGUCUUCAUUGGCGAGUUCUUUGGGUUUUGAUAUGUCGUUACUAGAAAGAGUAAUGUCGCAGUGUAAAAUUUACCAUAAAAAUCCGGAGUACAAUCCGCAGGUUAUAACAAAGCUAAUUAAUAAUUAUAGGUCGCAUAAAGAAAUCCUGCAUAUUCCUAAUUUGUGCUUCUACGAUAACGAGCUGGAGGCCAAAGGACCUAUCGAUGUGAUCACCUGUGCUAGUGAAUGGAAGGAAUUAAACGAUAAAGAUUUCCCGAUGAUUUUUCACGGUGUUAAUGGAUUGGAAGAACGUGAAGAAUCUUCUCCUAGUUAUUUUAAUCGAAACGAGAUGCAAAUUGUUGCACAUUACGUGGAUAAUCUUCUGGGAUGUCAGUUCAAAUCGCACGAAGUUACCCAAAAAGAUAUAGGAAUUAUUACUCCGUAUCGAAAACAGGUACAAAGAAUCAGAAAAUACUUUGAGGAUAAAAACUGGGAAAACAUCGAAGUGGCAUCGGUUGAAGAAUUCCAAGGGAAGGAGAAAUUGAUCAUUAUUAUUUCCACGGUUCGAUCUCGUUUCGAACUCGUUUCCACUGAUUACCAAUUUGGUUUAGGAUUCUUGAGGAAUUCCAAAAGAUUUAAUGUUGCAUUGACUCGUGCUAUCGCAUUACUCAUCAUUAUCGGUAAUCCUGAUAUACUCCAGUGCGAUCCGAACUGGAGAAAGUUGAUCGAAUACUGUAUUGAGAAGAAUUCGUACAAAGGUGUCAAACCAUCUGGAUCUGUUCCAGGAAAUUUCGAUCCGAAUGAGAAGCUCGCCUUGGAUUUAUCUGUUUUAACAGUGAAUUCUGGCACGAUACCGAAUGGUAAAAGGACCGGCUUUAGCCGACGCGAUUGACGCGACUGGUUCAAAAAUCGUUCUAUUUUGUGAUAUUUUAGUAUCAUUUAAAGUGAAAAGUGAUUUUUGUGGACUAUUUUUAAAUUUUGUUACUCUUUUUUAUAUUUUGUUGUUUUGUGUUUACGGAAAAUAAUCUUCCAAUGUUGUAUUUAAUGUCGUUUUUUACCAAGUUGACGUUGCGUCUUGAUUGCAGAUUGUUGUAAUAUGAUUUGCUAUCAUUCGCGAAAUAUAACAUGUUUACUACUCGAGUUAAGGUGGUCUGGUGCCUAAUUUUAUAUCUUAUGUUUUGUAUUACCUACCAAAUUUGUAUUCACAAAUUCCUUUACCUACUUAUUUAUCUGAAUAAAUGUAUUUUGUAAUGGA